AAAUGAACUCUCCCGCCACUGGGAAAGAGCGGCUGUCAGCGCGGGUGUUUCGUCCAGUUUGGUUGCUGGCUGGUUAAAGAAUAUCCUGCGGGUUUGUUUGGAACGGAGAGAAACUGUGGGGUUGGAAGCUUGCGAGUUGACUUGGUGGUCAGGAUGCAGUUCUCAGGAAGGACCCGGAAGAAGCUGAGAUUGGCAGGUGACCAGAGAAACGCUUGUUACCCUCACAGCCUCCAGUUCUACCUGCAGCCACCCACUGAAAACAUAUCGUUGACAGAGUUUGAAAGCUUGGCUUUCGAUAGAGUAAAAUUGCUUAAAGCAAUUGAGAAUCUUGGUGUGAGCUAUGUGAAAGGAACCGAACAGUACCAGAGUAAACUGGAGGCUGAGAUUCGAAAGCUCAAGUUUUCGUACAGGGAGAACCUGGAGGAUGAGUACGAGCCUCGGAGGAGGGACCACAUCUCCCACUUCAUCCUGCGUCUCGCUUACUGCCAGUCGGAAGAUCUUAGACGGUGGUUUAUUCAACAGGAGAUGGAUCUGCUUCGGUUCCGAUUCAGUAUUUUACCAAAGGAUAAAGUCCAGAGUUUCUUGAAGGAUACCCACUUGCAUUUUGAGGCUAUCAGUGAUGAGGAGAAGACCCUUCGGGAACAGGAUAUCAUGGCGUCCUCUCCCAGCCUAAGUGGGGUCAGGUGGGAAUCGGAGUCAGUGUAUAAGGUCCCCUUUGCUGACGCUCUGGACCUGUUCAGAGGAAGGAAAGUCUACUUGGAAGACGGCUUUGCUUAUGUGCCACUUAAGGACAUUGUGGCCAUUAUCCUGAACGAGUUUAGAGCCACGCUGUCUAAGGCCUUGGCACUAACAGCCAGGUCCCUGCCUGCUGUGCAGUCCGAUGAACGACUUCAGCCUCUGCUCAGCCACCUCAGUCAUUCUUACACUGGCCAAGAUUAUAGUACCCAGAAGAGCACCGGGAAGAUUUCCUUAGAUCAGAUUGAUUCGCUUUCAACAAAAUCCUUCCCACCUUGCAUGCGUCAGCUGCACAAGGCGCUGAGGGAAAACCACCAUCUUCGUCAUGGAGGCCGGAUGCAGUAUGGCCUGUUCCUCAAGGGCAUUGGGCUAACGUUGGAGCAGGCAUUGCAGUUCUGGAAGCAAGAGUUUAUCAAAGGAAAGAUGGACCCAGACAAGUUUGAUAAAGGUUACUCUUACAAUAUCCGACAUAGCUUUGGAAAGGAAGGCAAGAGGACAGACUAUACGCCAUUCAGUUGCAUGAAGAUUAUCCUGACCAACCCACCAAGCCAGGGGGAUUACCAUGGGUGCCCAUUCCGUCACAGUGAUGCAGAGCUGCUGAAGCAGAAGAUGCAGACCUACAAGAUCCCUGCCUCGGGGAUCAGCCAGAUUUUGGAUUUGGUAAAGGGGAAUCAUUACCAGGUGGCCUGUCAGAAGUACUUCGAGAUGACGCACAAUGUGGACGAUUGCGGCUUUUCUUUGAAUCAUCCGAAUCAGUUCUUUUUUGAGAGCCAGCGAAUCCUAACUGGUGGCAAAGAUAUCAAGAAGGAAGCAAGCCACCCAGAAACGCCUCAGCACAAACCCAGCACCCAGAAGACCAAGGAUGCCGCAUCUGCUCUGGCCUCUCUAGAUUCCUCCCUGGAAAUGGAUCUGGAGGGCUAGAAGACUACUUUAGUAAAUGACGUGGCCCCUGGAGCAACUGGAGCCACUGGAGCGAAUACAUUCCUGUUUGAAAGGUUUGCCUUUGUAAACCUUUCUCUUCCUACCCACGCAUGCUCACACAUGUACUGGGAAAGCAGGCUUGCUUCCACCUUACUUUUGACAGAAUGAAAAAGGAAGAGUUCCUAUGGAAACCUUUCAUUGAAUAUUUCGUUUUGAAUCCUGUUCCAGAAAAUUUAAAACAGUACUCAGGGACUAAAAUCCUCAAGCAGCAAUACAACUAAAACUAACUUUUAAAGUUUCACCUAGUUUUGGCCAAGUCUUCUUUUGGAUCGAUUUUGCUAAUAAACAACAUGUAUAUGACUAUAUCUGUGUAA